AUGGAUUUAGAUACUGCCUAUAUUGAGCCACUGCUUGAAGACUGGUUAGAAGGUAUACGAACAGAUGUUAGAGAACAAGAAGAUCUUGUUAGAGCGAAUGACGAAUUUUACAUGCCUUUUGUGGGUAACUAUUAAUAACUAUUCCCUGCAAAACAACAAUUAUACUUUAGCAAUGUGCGCGUACAUUUAAUUACAUUUGCAGCGAUUCCAGUUCCGAUCGUCAGUGCAAUUUUCAAGAUAACAGAGCACUUAUACUUGGGUCCAGAUACUAGAUACAUUGCCAUUCAUUUAUAUGAUAAGUUUAUGUGUAAAUACUUCUGGGAAGUGUACAAAACCGAGGCUGCGGACCAUACAGAAAAUUCUUGGUCUCAAGUUUGUAGGAAGAUAUCCAGUCAAUCAAAAUUGUAUCUUAUGUCGUGUCUGCAAUUAGCCAAUAAAAUGGACUCACAUCCUAAAAACUUGGGGAUAUCGCAAGUGCUCGAUAUUUUACAAUGUAUAGACAAAAAGUCUGAAUACAACCAUAGUGUGGUUUUCUUGUCGGAAUUCAAGGUAUUCAAAAUGGUAGGAUUUAGAAUGCCAUUUUGUACACCACUGAACUGUAUACAAGUGCUAUUAGCUGCAACUGGUCUAAAAGACACACCAAAUAUGCAAGAUUUGACUAUAACUUUAUUAGACUUAGUCUAUUUACAGCGAGAGAAACUAUACUCUCAUCUGCAGUGUCUGGCUCAGAGACAUAUUGCGAAAACAGAUCAGGAGAAAAGGAAUCUCAUGACUUUGAAAACGAAUGUAUUAUUUCUGGGAGCUUCAAUUGUCCUCUGUGGAAUUUUUUUUUCCUGUAUAGAUGCUGAAACAGGAAGAAUCAUCUCAUCCAAGUUGUCAGACUUAGUAGAUAUAGAGUCGGAUAAUAUUUGGGAUAUGGCAAAUAUUCUUCUUGUACUAGCAAUUCAAGAAUAA